CGUCAGGCACAUUUGUCAACAGGGCAAGACUGAGCCCACCUAAUCAAGAGUCUAAACCACAUUUACUUCACCAUGGUGAUGUGAUUCAGUUGGGUGUGGAUUACCAAGGAGGUAUCGAAGAAAUUUAUCGUUGUGUGAAGAUGCGAAUCGAGAUAAAUCAGACACCCACCAGCCAAACAGGCUCAUCGUACUGUCUGAAUUCGUUCAAGACGUUGCGUAAUUUAGCUGCUGUGGCAGACGAAGUGGAUGAAUGUUGUAUUUGUUUAUAUGCAAUUGCACCUUUCCAAGCAUUGUUUGUAGCGCCCUGUUCACACACUUUUCAUUUCAAGUGUUCCUAUCCACUCUUGAACAAUUAUCCUGGAUUUACUUGUCCGUUAUGUCGAUCGUAUGCGGACUUAAAUGCGAAUGUGGCUAUUGAUACAGAGGAUGUCAUUCAAAUGUUACGUUCACAACCCUCUUCCUCCUCUUCUCCACCCACCACGCGAGACUUUCCUACGACAACUUUAAUUAAAGUUGAUAACCUACACGUGCAACGUAAGUAGUCAAAAGACAAUAUUUUCUCCUUAAUAUAAACACCACGCUAAGCUACCCACUCCUUCCCUACCUCCCUAUAAAUAUAGUGGAUGAUCUCAUACUCUCUGACGACUUGUAAUCUGUAACAUAAACCCCCCCCCCCCCCUCAUUUUUUUUUUCUUCUCAUUGUAUCAAUAAUAAAAAGACACGCAUACACACACGUUUUUUUUUUUUUAAA